AUUUUUUUUGGAGGGGUCGUUUCUCUCGCUUUCCCGUUCAGUUUCUUGGUGCUUUCUCUUCAUCCUAACAAGUUUCCAAAGUGGGAAAAGAACUAGCAGUAAAAGACGAUGGUUAGGGACGAUUUGUACAUCACUGUCCCGAGCUUCUUUCGAUGUCCGAUAUCGCUCGACGUGAUGAAAUCCCCUGUGAGUUUAUCUACCGGCGUGACCUACGAUCGUUCUAGCAUCCAGCGCUGGUUUGACAAUGGUAACAACACGUGCCCCGCCACCAUGCAGGUCCUUCAGAGCAAGGAACUGGUCCCUAACCGGACCUUGCAGCGACUCAUCCAGAUCUGGUCCGAAUCAGUCCAGCACCGGGUUGACUCCGCCGAGUCGUCUCCCAAGCCUUGCCUUACCAAAAGCCAAGUCACCGAGCUAAUUCAACGAGCGGACCGUGAAGCGGACUCGUCUGUUGAUUUUUUGUCAAAAAUCGUUUGUUUCGCCAGGGAGUCCGACGAAAACCGGAAAUUUCUCGCCGGAGCAGAUGGCUUCGUCCCGAUGCUGGUAGAAUUUCUUUGCAAUGCCAGCGCUGGAGCUUCCAGAGUCAUCGAUUUUUUGGAGCUGGUGGUUAGGGCUAUGGAUAUGAUUCGUAAUGAUGUUAAAGACAUGGAGAAGCUGAGAAAAUCGAUGCUGAAGAGCGACCGCGAUUGCUUGCGCUCGCUUGUUCUCGUUCUUCAACAAGGGAGCGUAGAAUCAAGAAUCGGAUCGGCUAGGGUUUUGGAAUCCAUCGCCAUCGACGCGGAAUCGAAACUAAUUAUUGCCGAGAAAGAAGAGCUAUUAUCCGAAUUGUUGAAACUAAUCAGUCCUGAGAAAGAUCCAAACCUAAUCGAAGCCGGAUUGUCGUGCCUAAUCGCGAUAUCCAAGCCCCGGCGAGUCAAGGUGAAACUUGUCCAACUAGGCGCAGUGAAAUCCCUAGCGAAGUCGCUAUCGGAACCGAAUCUGAGCGUUUCGGUCACUGAAAAGGUGCUGAAGCUCCUUGAAACGGCGUCGUCCGUCAAGGAAGGGUGGUCAGAGAUCGGCGGCGACUCGAAUUGCGUGGCGAGGAUUGUUCAGAGGUUACUGAAAGUUUCGAGCGCGGCCACCGAACACGCGGUAACGGUGCUCUGGAGUGUCUGUUACCUCUACCGUGAGAGGGCGGCGCAAGAGGCCGUAGCGAAGGCCAACGGUGUGACGAAGAUAUUGCUUCUGAUGCAGAGCAAUUGCUCGCCGGCUGUUCGCCAAAUGUCGGCGGACUUACUUAAAAUCUUUCGACUUAGCUCCAAAUCUUUCAUUUCGUGUUAUGAUACUAAGACCACACAUAUCAUGCCUUUCUGAUAUGACCCCUUUUUUAUUUUAUUUUUUGUUUUAUUUUUUACAUUUUAGUCUCUCUCUGUCUUUCUGUUUGAAGAAAUAGAAAGUAAGAAAGCAAAAAAAAAAAAUUGUUGUAAAUGAAAAGGAAAUUUUGUUAGUGAAGAAGAAUACAAAAGAAGAAAUUAAUUUGAUUUUUACUAGCUA